CGGUUUUCGCUGCGAUUGUCCGCGGAGGCCGGCCUUGUGGGAGCCUGGAGUGAGGGUUCUGGAUCCCGGCCGCGAGUGCAUAUAUCUGCUGUAGACAUAAUGAAGUAGUUCAAAAUCAUUGGCUGGAUUAGCAACUUUUGGAAGGCUGUGAUUGUUAAAAUGAGUCUGCGGAAGCAAACCCCUAGUGACUUCUUAAAGCAAAUCAUUGGACGUCCAGUUGUGGUAAAAUUAAAUUCUGGAGUGGAUUAUCGAGGGGUCCUGGCUUGCCUGGAUGGCUACAUGAAUAUAGCUCUGGAGCAGACAGAAGAGUAUGUAAAUGGACAACUGAAGAAUAAGUAUGGGGAUGCAUUUAUCCGAGGAAACAAUGUGUUGUACAUAAGUACACAGAAGAGAAGGAUGUGAAGACACCAAGAGAACUGUUACUUUUCAUAGCUGGAUAUAUUUUUUAUGAAUUUUUUUUCUAUUUUUUGGUUCUUUUAUGAUAUAAUUUGUCCUAUUUUCAUAAUAGUUGGUGAUUUUUCACCUACAUGUAAGAUAAGUGUAUAAAAUUGUGGAUUUAAUUGUACGAGUUCUUUCACAUUUAAGUCUCAGUCAUUUUCUUUUGCCUCUGUGUCAGUGUACACAGUGCUAAAGGAAUUUUUUUAAAAAAGACAAAGUAGUUCGAUUCCUGUAAUGCUCAGCCACCAAAAAUAAAAAAAAGAUGAAAUCUG